UAAAUUUCGAACGUGUAGAUGGCCAGUUGGUUUCCAAUCGCCUCGAUAGCCCCGCGCUUCCCUGGCUGAAAACAACCUAACUCGAUUGAUUCAAGAUGAAUAAUCAAAUCGACGAUGAACAGAUUACAAUGCUGAGACGCGCGUUCAGUAUGUUCGACUCGAACAAGCAGGGAAGAAUUGAGAAGGAGAAAGUGCGUACUAUCCUGAACACGAUGGUACACAGCUUCGAUGACAACGAGCUGGACCAGAGGCUGGAGACCGAGGAUGUUGACGGUUCGGGAAAGCUAAACUUUGAUUCAUUUGUGCGGGUUGCGACGCAUUUCCUAGACGAGGACGACGAAGCCUUGCAAAAGGAACUGAAAGAAGCUUUCAGGCUUUACGACAAAGAAGGCAACGGUUACAUCCCAACAUCCAGCCUCCGUGAGAUACUAGCAGCACUCGAUGAUCAACUAACUCCUGACCAACUCAAUGAGAUGAUAGCCGAGAUAGAUACAGACUCCUCAGGCACUGUUGACUUCGAUGAAUUCAUGGAGAUGAUGACUGGUGAUUAAAUUUAAUAUAAAGUCGUAGAAAUUUCAAACCAUACUAGUCCUUAUUUGUAUUUAUUUGUUUUUAUUAUAAAAAUAAAAGCAAUGCGUAAC